CGUAGGGGAGCUUCAGCCAUCUUCUGAUUCUUUACCAGACAACCGAGACGGAACGUGUAAAAGUAGCGACAACGGACAUAACUCGCUGUUCUCGGGUUCGAUUUGCAAGACGGACCGGAAGCGGAAACGAGCUUAGCAACAGCUAGCUCAUAACAGCGAAUACAGAUCUAGCGAGCUGCAGCUAUGGAGUCCGGAGAUACAGGGAGAGGAGGCUGGAACAACAAGUUCCGGCCACCUCAGAAGAACAGGAUGAGUGUGAACAUUCUCCGUCAGGAGGAGCUGAUCGCCCAGAAGAAGCGCGAGAUUGAGGCUAAGAUGGCAGAGAAAGCCAAGACCAAGAGCCUUCAGACUCCCAACAGGCCACUGCCACCAAGUUUACCCAGUUUACAGGGACCCUCUUCGAACAAUAACAAGUAUGUGAAUGACGGAAGUUUCUUACAGCAGUUUAUGAAGCUGCAGAAGGACAAACCCUGCCCUGACUCUGGUGAGAUAGGCUCCAGCAGUGACACCAAAGCCCCAUCUUCAUCCAUCCCCAGUUCGUCGUCAGGAGUGUCUCAGCCCCAGAAGAAGAGCAUUCUCAUCGGCAAGCGUCCCGGUCUAGGCAUCAGCAGCAUGCUGAACCAGUUUAAGAACUACUCCCAGUCAAAGAAGACCCCGCUUCGCCCCCAAAGGCCUAGCAUAUUCAGCUCCCCAGAUGAUGAUGAUGAUGAUGAGGAGGAGGAAGUUGAUGAUUUAAGCUUCCUAGAGAUCAAAGUUUCUCCCCCAGAGGACCCAGACACACAACUUAUCCUGGACAAGAUGGCAGCCUUUGUGGCUGAGGGAGGGCCUGAGCUAGAGAGGAAGGCCAAGGAGAACUACAAGGACAACCCUGUUUUCUCAUUCUUGUAUGAUAAGAACAGCCGGGACUAUCUUUAUUACCGAAAGAGAGUUGCUGAACUCCGAAAGGAUAACCCAAAACCUGAGAUGCCGUCACGUUCUAAUGUCUCCCCCCCAGUGGACGAGGAGACCCAGAGGGUGGCCGAGAAGCUGGCCAGUUUUGUGGCCGACGGCGGCCCCGAGGUGGAAGCCAUCGCCGCCCAGCACAACAAAGACAACCCCGCCUUCAGUUUUCUUUAUGACCUCCAAAGCCCCGCCCAUCACUUCUACAAGGAGAAGGUGGAGGAGUACCGCCAGGCCAAAAAUGACCAGAGCCCCCUAAUCAAGCAGGAGCCCGGAGUGGGGCUCACGAGGCCGGCUGCUCCUCCCCUGACCUAUCCUCCCCCUCCUUCUCACUACCCCAACCUGCUGGGACAGGUGAAGCUCGAGCCGGGUCUGGAGAUAAAAGAGGAAGUAGCAGGGCCCCCCAUGGUUAAGAGGAAGAGGAAGAGCCGCUGGGGGUCAGAGGACGACAAGGUGGAUCUGUCGCUUCCACCCAUCAUCAUCCCCAAGGAGGAAGAGCCAGAGCCCAGCCCGUGUCUUUCUGUUCAUGAACUGAGAGAUCUGGGCUAUAAGAAGGGAAAGCCUGUGGGCCUGGUUGGGGUAACAGAGCUCUCAGAUGACCAGAAGAAACAGCUCAAAGAGCAACAGGAGAUGCAGGAGAUGUUUGACAUGAUCAUGAAGCAUAAGCGUGCCAUGGCAGAGAUGCAGGUGAUGUGGGAGAAGGCGGUGAGGGACCACUCCCACGAGUACGACAGUGAUGAGGAAGUGGACCAGCAGGCUGGCACCUGGGAGCACCGCCUACGGCACAUGGAGAUGGAGAAAACGCGUGAGUGGGCGGAGUCGCUGACUGAUAUGGGAAAGGGGAAGCACUUCAUUGGUGACUUCCUACCUCCGGAGGAACUGGAGAAGUUCAUGGAGACCUUCAAGGCACUCAAGGAAGGCCGUGACCCAGACUACUCGGAGUAUAAGGAUUUUAAGCUAACGGUGGAGAACCUCGGUUUUCAGAUGCUCAUGAAGAUGGGCUGGAAGGAGGGAGAUGGUCUUGGCUCUGACGGACAGGGCAUCAAGGCCCCUGUCCACAGGGGAAUCACGGCUAUUGACGGGGCAGGGUUUGGCGUGGACCGGCCCGCUGAGCUCUCAGGACAGGAUGAUGAGUAUGACGCUUUCAGAAAGAGGAUGAUGCUAGCCUACCGCUUCAGGCCUAACCCACUGAACAAUCCAAGGAGACCAUACUACUGAUGAAGAGGCCUGAACUUGGCAGACUUUGUCAAAUGUACGUUUUUAAACCACCAACAGUGGCAUGAUGGCUCAGUUAUGCCUUUCACUUUGUUGUUGGAACAAACUGUAGGACACUCACUUAUAGUAAUCUCCUCUAGAUUGUGGAAUUUUAUAGUCGUUGAUAAAUUGUUUAGGUUGAAGAAUAAGAAGGAUGGAUUUGUCGGAUUUAAGUUGUCUAAGGCUCAGUUGAUGUUCUUACGCAACUGCAGAAUCAAAGUAUCAUAUUUGAUAAAUCAGAUGGCUAGGGUAUAAUUGAUGGCUUAUCUGAUUUUACAGUCACGAUUCAAAACACAGAACGACCUAUAAACACUACCUGUCCUCUCUGUAUUGUGACCUCUGGCUUUUUGUUUGGAUUUUAAUUUCUUCACAUGUUCAAGAUGCUACUUGACAAUGACAGUAACCAAAAUACAUAAUUUGACUGGUAAUAAAUGGCUUUGCAGUUAGUUCUUUCUGUACAUCGUUUUGCUAUGGUUGUUUGAUCACCCUUCAAAGAUUUGAACACAGUGUUAACAUAUCGUAAAUGUAUUAUUUACAUCGUAAAUUCAAGCAACGAAUGUAAAAUGCUUCACUGCGAACAAUAAAAAUAUUAAAUUGUC